AUGGUGGAACCUGGUACUCAAAACAUCAUUGCUAGUGAACCAUUUGAGCGCACAUUAUCCAAUGGUCAAACAACGUUGAAUGAAUUCUAUGGACGACAAACCACUGUUCAAGACAUCAAGACCUUUCCAACCGCUACAGAUGUUAAUGUUUUUCCUACGGGUUUUGAUCGUGCUCCCAAUAAACUUCAUCGAUUUAAUGAGAUCGUCACUUUUCAUAUCCAGGCUCCCCCUGAUCAAGUAAAGCACAUGCAUGAUCAAGUCAUGGAAGAUAUCACUGUCAAGUCCACUAUCACCUAUAUUAGUUCCGAUAAAGUCAAGGAAUUUUCAAACUGUUCUUUUAGUGUUGGUGGUCGAUCCUCCAAACGGUUUACCAAAUUACCUUACAAAUUCAAACUAGAUGGAAAGGAACAUUUGGGUGGUUACAGCAAAUUCAAGUUACGAGCCUCUACUUCCGAUCCAAGUUUUGUCCGUGAAAAGAUAGCUACUGAUUUAUAUUAUGCAGUGGGUCGUCCUACUACUCUAGUGAGCUAUGCUCGUGUUAUCAUCAAUGAUCAAGGUAUUGGACUAUUCUUACUGGAAGAAGCAUAUAAUGAUCGUUGGCUUCAAAUGGAAUUCAACCACGGCGAAAAAGGAUAUGACAAUGGUGUGCUGUACAAGACUCUGGGUGCUCAAGUACAGGACAAAGAAUAUGCUGAUCUUAGCUAUCGUGCAGAUGAUUGGGACUACUACAAUAUAGUAUAUCAGAUGGAAGAAAGGUCAAAAGUGGAGGAUAAUGGUAUUCAAGAUUUAGUGUCUUUUACUGAAUUCAUUGAUGAACAACUUCAAUGGCAAGAAUCUCAGGAUGAUAGUAGUGACUUGGAUGCCUCUGUUGCACUUUGGCAAGAACAAUUGAAUGUCAAAGGUUUUUUGGCAAAUAUGGCGUUGGAAUUCUUACUUGGUUCUUGGGAUGGUUAUAUUCAAAAUGCACAAAACUAUUAUCUGUAUAGACAACCAAAUGAUGGUGAAAUGGAUUGGAUAGCAUGGGACUUUGACUAUGUUUUAGGUAGUGGACCAGUCAAAAUGGAUACAUUACUUGAGGGUGAUUAUCACAACUUCACUGGUAUUUCGACGCGACCUCUCACCAAAGCAAUAUUUCGUAUUCCAACUUUCCAGCAAUGGUUUGAAGAUCAAGUGAAGUACAUCAAUAAUCAACUCUUUACGCCUCAAGUUUCGUUCCCUGUGAUUGACAAUUGGGUGACAUUUUUGAAGCAAGAUGUAUUGUGGGAUCAAAGUCUACCUCGUGUUCGAACUGGGAAAAACUUUAACAAUUUAAUGGGUGGUUCUUCAGAUGAUGGCAAUGAUAAAGAUAGCGAUAAGAUGUCAAUGCCCUUGAAUUUUGAUGCAGGAACAGCUUUGGAUUUCAUUCAUCGGAUUAACUCGAACAUUACUAUCGACAACGCCAUUAAUGGUCCUACCAACUACAAAUCUCUCUUGGCCAUCAAGGAUUUUAUCAAACAAAAGGUAGAUAACGUGAACAAUGCAUUGAAAUCUUCUUAAUUAUUAUUUUUCCCUAUUUUAUCAUCAUCAUUAUCAUCAUCAUCAAUCAUCAGUCAUUAUCAAUAAUAUGAUUAGCAUAUAGAUAGUAUCAUUAUAGUCAUCUUUUUAGUUCUCAUUAUUAUCAUCAAAUCAUACACAUAAAAGUAAAAC